UGGCAUCAAUGGCUAAGAUAAGGCUUGACAACUGACAAGAGGCUGGGGUUUGCAACAGACUGCAACAGAGCUCAAGUUGUUCGCCUUCUGUUUCCCUUUCUUCUGCCUCUAAAUGAAAGGAGAGCUCUAAUCAACUGGAAUAUCCCUCUCUUUUUUCCCUUCUCCGUUGGAAAGUGAACAGAUGAAAAAUGCACUAUUUUGGGGUGAUGGCUGCAUUGUCUGUUUUCAACAUCAUCACUUGUUUGGCAAGAGGCAAGCCCUUGGAAGCCUGGGGCAAAUUAUCAGCUAUGGAGAACUCUGAUAAAUCCUUUGGUGAUCCCGGAGAGGUGGAGGGUGAGACCCAUUUCAACUUUAAAACCUUCCUGGAAAACAUGAAAGCCGAUUUCCUGAGGAGUUUGAACUUAUCGGGUGUCCCUUCGCAAGAGAGGUCUAGAGAGGAACCACCACAAUUCAUGAUUGACCUGUACAACAGAUAUGCCAAGGACAAGUCUUCCAUCCCUGCAUCCAAUAUUGUGCGGAGCUUCAGUACUGAAGAUGUUGUUUCUCUGGCUUCCCCGGAAGAAAACCCAUUUCAGAAACACAUCUUACUCUUCAACGUCUCUAUCCCGCGGCACGAGGACGUCACCAGGGCUGAGCUGAGAAUCCACAUAUCCUGUAAUAGGGACAUUGGGCCUCUCUCUAGACUGGAAGGCAACAUGGUCAUUUAUGAUGUUCUGGAUGAAGACCUCUGGGAAAGUCCAGAAGGCACCAAUUCAUUCCUUGCCACCCAAGAUAUCCAGGAAUGUGGAUGGGAAAUGUUUGAGGUGUCCAGUGCUGUGAAAAGAUGGGUCAGGGCAGACAAAUCAAAGACUAAAAACAAGCUUGAAGUUGUUAUUGAGAGGAAAACCCUGGGUGACUUCGCUUGUGGGAAGCUGGACAUCAGUGUUAUGCCCGACACUAAAAAUUUGCCCUUGUUAAUAGUGUUCUCCAAUGACCGCAGCAACGGGACCAAGGAGACCAGAGUGGAGCUCCGGGAGAUGAUUGUUCAUGAGCAGGAGAGUGUGCUAAAGAAGUUAGCAAAGAACAGCACUUUGCCUGAAGAGGAAGAGGAGGCAGAGGAGAAAUCCUUAUCCGUCCCUGGACUCCACCAGCCUUCAUCGAGAAGCAAGAGAAGCACUGGUACCAACCACUGCCGGAGAACCUCCCUCCGUGUGAACUUCAAAGACAUUGGCUGGGAUUCCUGGAUCAUUGCGCCCAAAGAUUACGAUGCAUUUGAAUGCAAAGGGGGCUGCUUUUUCCCUCUGACAGAUAACGUGACCCCGACGAAACAUGCUAUCGUCCAAACCUUAGUGCACCUCAAAAACCCCAAGAAAGCUGCCAAGGCCUGUUGUGUUCCUACCAAACUGGAUUCGAUUUCCAUCCUCUACACUGAUGAUGCUGGGGUACCCACUUUGAAAUAUAACUACGAGGGGAUGAAAGUAGCAGAAUGCGGGUGCAGGUAGUACAGGGCAGCAGCUUUGACAGUAAGAUCCAACCUUUCUGCUGUUGUGUAAAUCUGUACAUUAAUGAUGUAAAUGUAAAUCCACACAGGCAAGCUCUUUUGUUUUUAAAACUAAAGCUUUCCAGAAUGGCAGUCACUGUAAAUAAAUUGCACAUAACGGGAUACAAUGAAACCCAUGUUACAAUAUUGUGCGAUUGAAAGCCCAAUACAUUAUUUAAUAACAGACAGCAAUUCAUCCUGCAGAACCUGAAUAAGGUUUUCUGUUAAUUUAAUUAAACCUUGUGGUUGCAAAUUGCAGGAUUUGCCAACCUGGUUCCUGAUUGUCAGAGCAGUCUAAGGGAUUGAGAAGCCCAGUUGAUUUUAAUGGGAACUGAGGCUCUAAGGCCCAGAUCCACAAAGGGACUUAGGCACCUACAACCCAGUGCCUAAGUCCCAGUUUCAGGUACCACUAUGAUUCUAAAAACCCUGCUCAGCUGCUGCCUAACCCUGUAGACACCUAAACUCACUUGGCACCCAGGUUUUUGCCAUUAAGGUUUCCUAGGUGCCUAUCUCCCACCUAAGCCACGAGCCAGCAGAGACAGGUGCUUCCCUGAAGUCUGGCCUUCGUCACUGAGCUCCAUGAGAGCACUGGGGAUUAGGACAUAACCUUCUUGUCAAGAUCUCUGAUUGGCUGGCUUCAUGGGGGAGCUGAGGCAGCCUAGCGUGCUGGCUUUUGUGGACCACGUUCUAAGGUGUCUCCCCCCACCCAGAUUGUAUAGGAGCCUUUCUAGCCAUAAGUAUAGUUAACACUGGAACAGGUUGUCAGGCUGCCUACGUCACUGUAGUAACCUCAGGGCAGACUGUUAAGAAGCAGGGCACAAACCCCAGACUGCUUGUGAGUUCCAUCCUUAGAUUUCACCAACCAAUUAUCAAGUGUAAACUACUCAAGCACUGUAACAGCCUUAACAUGGAAACAGACAGUCCCUUCGGAUACUCCAAUCUGUCUUGCCACCCAGGUAAGACUGUCUUUGUGAUAGAUGGUCCCUUACACCAAGAAUCACAGCAAUAUUCAGGUUACUCCCAGUCCGAGGACUAGUCACUUACCCCAGGUCAAUUGCAGCUUGGAUCUCACACCAAAGACAAUGCUUGUAGCCAAACAAUAUACAGAUGUAUUAAUAGGGAAAGGAAACGGUGGAGUUUACAAGAUUAAAGUAGGUAAACAGACACAUUAAUUACAAUAAACUUCAAAAAGAUAAUUGAAGCUUCUAUCAGCAAGUUCUAAGGCUAAGCCAGGCUAAACAACUGGGGAACCUCUUGCUUAUGCCUAGAAACCUUGCCCUCCAGAGUCAAGGCGGCAUGGAGAUACUCAGUUCCUUCUGUUUGGGGUUUUUAUUCCCUUCCUGACAUAUGUGCUGAGCUGCAAACUCAGCUGAUGGGCAGAAUCCACUUGCAUGACUCAUCUUCAUGGUGGGGGCAGGGCAGAGCAACAAAGCCUUUUGUCCUGUUUAAUGUUCCACAAUAUAUUCUGUCUGGUGUCGAUGGGCUUUCCCUGUGGGGCAGGACGUAACACAUUUGGUUGCCGAUCGCACUAGUUAAUGUCUCCCUCCUGUCUGGUGAUUUACAUAGUUACAGAGAAUCCUGUGGCACCUUUACAGAAAGUCCUGUGGCACUGGACUCUCUGUUGCUUUUUACAGAUCCAGACUAACACAGCUACCCCUCUGAUAGUUACAGAGGUUUAUAAUACCAAGGCAGAAGUAUUAUCUUACAAUAGGAGAAACAGAUGUUGCAAGUGAGAUUAAUGCAGGCAGCAACUCACAAGCAUUUCAAUAAAGAUUAAAUUCUUAUAAUUCUCCUACCGAUUUUAACACACAGGUGAGCCAAACUGAUUCCAGCUAUGUAUUUGGCAGUGUUCAGGUGAGACAUGGGGACCUUGGCAUGGUCUGCCAGCAUCACACAGGUUAGCAAGGGCAGUUGUGGGAACCCCCAUCAUUGGAGCUUUUUAAGAACAGGUUAGACAAACUUAAUCCUGCUUUAGCGCAGGGGAUGGACCAGAUGACCUCUUGAGGUCCCUUCUAGCCCUAUAUGUCUAUGACUCUGACUUACUCCUUGUAAGCAGGGCCAGCUCCAGGGUUUUGGCCACCCCAAGCAGCCAAACAAACAAACAAAA